UAAAGGUGAGCACAUCCGGGUUACACCGCAUAACUGCUUCCUGUUAGCUCCCAUUCAAGUCAUGUCAUUUGGUGAUCCAUCUUUCUUGUUUCUGCAUUUUUCUUUCAUUUAGCCGGUCUCUGAUCAUGAUCAGGUCACUUCUCCGGUGCAGAUUAACUCCCCACGUCCUGUCCUUCACCAGAGGAUUAAGUCUGCUCACAGCUCGAACACCUUACAGUUUGCAGCCUUGUUCACCAAGUCUCAGGCCAAUUCAGCAACGCCUACAUGGACCUGUUAUCCCUAAAAUCACAGCCCUUGUUAAAUACUCGGAUGUGUCCACAGAGAAGUACACUAUGAUUUACACCCUGCCAUACAUUAAGCUCCUUAGAGCUGUGUCCAGGCUCAAACUGCUCCAAACUGCAAUAACUGUGGUCAUCUUGCCCCCGGUGUACGUCCUCUACUUCCAGGGAGCUGCCUCCACCUUUCUUGUCGGCUACACGACAGGGAUAGCUCUGUUUGCUGGUGCUAUGCUGUAUACUGCCAGUUACUUCUUCAGAAGGGUGGUGGGAAUGAUGUAUCUGGAUCCGUCUCAGACCACCCUCAAAGUGUCCCACCUCACUUUCUGGGGAAAGCGCCAUGAUAUGUACCUGCCGGUGUCAGAUGUCAUGACCAUUGGAGACACAGGGGACUCCGUAAAUGAGACCAUACUGAAAUUUAAGAGAUACAGCAGUCAGGAGACUCUGUAUUUCUCAACUCAUUUUGGACGUGUGGUGGAUGAACAGGCUUUUAAAAAGGUGUUUGGAAGUUUAAAAUGAUUAUUUGUUUAGAAGAAAAUGUGAGGUAUUCUGAAUAGUAUUAUCAAAAUAUAACAUAUUAAGAGAUGCAUCUAUUGUCCAUGAACAAUAUUCUAAAUUAAAACGCAUUAUACAGUGGAGGACGCUUGCUGUUAUAUUUUAUAUCUAAGAUAUUUUAGCUGACAUAGAUCUGAAUCAUCCACAGUUGAUAAAUUACUGGUUUAUUAUUAUUUUUCUUUUCUUUUCUUAUUUUUAAAUCUUAAUUAAGGUUGAGAAGUAAGAUUGCAGAUUUUAAAAAAAAAUCUGGACUGUGGUAGGUUAACAGUUGUCUACUAAAUGGUGACUAUGUAUGCAGCUGAAAUAAAAAAUCAAGUGAGAUUGGCCUAACAUUGUCCGAAUAGUCAUGUUGCAUCAUCAGACCAUGAUAGGAUAGCUCCACAGGUCAGAUUUUUACACCACAUCCUUCUUGCUGCAAGCUCCAAAGAAUUUGUCUCCUCUCGAUGUUGAUUUUUUUGUGUGUUAGGUUAAAGUGUAAACCUAAAAACUCUGUUAUUAUGUAAAAUGCAUUAAAGAAAGUAUUCUUCAACAUUGUUUUUGACUGGACUAGGAUUAGGGCAUCCUGGCUGUAGAAACAGGGAAUUAUUUAUACAUUUUGCCUCAGGUUUGGUUCAAAGAAAUGUCACUUUGGGACCAGUUUCUCUUGCUGAGUUUUUAAGAACCUGUGAGUUUUCAGUUCUAUCUUGGUUAAGAUGUUUUCUGACAUCCAGAAAUAGAAGUAGAGCAGGUUAACUACCAGCUGGUGAUUUGAUCCAGGUUUCUUGGCUCAUGUCAAAGUGAUUUGCAAAUAUGAAGGAGUGUGUAUCAUAGAUAAAGAGCUUUUAUAAAUGUUUUUGAGUUCUCAGUAACAGUAGAAAAGCACUGCAUAAACAUGUGUCAUGGAAAUAUUGCCACAUAUGGCCACAGCUUCACAAAACCUUUUAUUUCCUCUUUGAAAAAAACAAGAAAACAAAAAACAUGUGACUCUACAUGUCUCAUGAAAGAACAGCUUUCACUCUGUUAUUAUGGACCUGGACCGAUUUUAGUUUGUCUAGAAGUUCAAAAUUGCAGCGUUAGCAGAGCUAGCCACAUGUGGAGGUCUAUGAAUGUAACGCUGGUUAACCACUUCAGUCCAGAGUGACAUAUUUUGACAGUUCCAGAAUGAUUGGAUUGACUUUGGUACUGUGACAAAAAUAAAACAAUCAUGAGAUUUGCAAAUCAUUUGGAUAACGAUUGUAUUCAUAAUAUUAGAACAGAGCAGAAGAGAGGCACAGCUUUGUCUGGGAAAGUAAAGGUGAAUGUGAUGAUGGAUGCAAAACAUGUGUUUCACAAAAGGACUAAAUGUAGACAAAGUAAAUAGAUAUUGGUGAAAAGCAGACCACUCUGCUUCAGUCUCAGGGUGAAAUGAAAUGACAAAAAUGCAAUCCUUUAAAAUCGCUGACUUCAGAAAAGUUUGGAGAAGUGUGUCUCGUGCUUGCAAGAACUCAAGAUCUUGAAUGAAAACUGAAAUAAUGCAUAUGCGGAAUUCAUUUCUCAUUGUGUAAGGGGGAAAUACAUUUCCAAAAACGGUCUAAAAAUUCAUGGUGUGUGCAAAAUGAAUUGUUUGAACUUUAGGGAUCUCUUUGCAUCAAAAACCUUCAAAACUCCAAAAACAUUCCCAUCAGUUUGACCAUGACAAUUGAGCUCAAAGCUUAGUUACAUCCUGCUUAAUGAAGGCUUCUUGUGCACCUGAUACACAGUUAAUGAAUGCUCCACAAAAGCUGUUAAGUGUGUAGAGAUCUUUUGACAACAGGUGUUUCAGGUAAAAAAACAUGAACAUUAAAAUUUGUGUCCACUUCAAAUCCAAAUGUCUUCAGUUACACUCAUUUGUAAGAACUUUCUCAGCCUAAAACUCUGCAUAGAUGUUUCCACUGAAUUCUACACAUCAGCAGCAAUCCUAUCAACUCCAGAUAAACACUCACAAUACGUGAUUUAUAAGCACUCACUCAGUUUAAUCUGACUCAUCAGUAUGUGCCUCUGGGGGGAUUGUUGGCUUUCUCUUGCUCUUUUGCACAUUUGUUUGUUUUUCUCACUUCCUUCAUGUUUUCAGUUGCAGAACAUGAUUUGAAAUUGAUCCAUACAAAGUAUUGGUGAAUUUAAA